AGAUCGCUUAACUCUGAGUCGCGCAAUUUCCAGUACGCAUUACGUGAAAAUGCGCUCGAACCUGAUGCUACUUUUGUUGGCAGUCCUGCUCCAAAUAACGAGAGCGACACGCCUGCUGAAAUUCACCAACGUCAAGUGCCAGGAUUUACCCACAACGGCGGGUCUCACCAGAUACGAUUACUGCCGCCUGAAGGUGGUGCGGCGCAACCAUGUGGAGCUCUCGCUUAAGGUCAGCCUGCUGCAGCUGCCUGUGCGGAAUCUGACCACGCGACUGCAGUGCUUUCAGCGUCGCGACGGCUACCGCCCCUUCAUGUACAACGUUCUCUUCGAUUUCUGCAAACUGAUGGACGGCAGACGCCGUGAACUGUCCUUCGAGCGCUUCGUCUUCGAUGCCAUCAGCAAGCACAGCAACUUCAAUCACUCCUGUCCCUGGAAGGAGAACCACAUGACGGUGGAGAAGUUUGCCCUGGAUCCAACGUUAAUAAAUGUGCCAUUCCCUGCGGGGGUCUUCACCUUUUACGCAUACGGCAUACCACGCACAUUGACACAAGUGUUUUUCGAGAAGGCCGACUGAAGACCGA